CUUGCAAAAAACAAAAUGGCGAUGAGAUUGGGUUUGUAGAGGGGUUAGUGGAGAUUAUAUUCGUGGUCUAAACAGCUCUCCUUUUUGUAGUUUGAAGCAUACACCCGUAACCGGUAGGUUUACGAUGGAAAAUCUCCAAACAAUUUUUUUUUGUAUCUCCGUUGGUGUGCUUCGCUACACUUGUGGUCCCUAAAGUUGCUUGUCAUACUAACUGGUUUGUGUUUCCUUCAUUUUCGCAGUUAUAAUUAUCAUGUACUCCGAAUGGGUUUCUCUUCGUAAUACUUUGCAGCGUGACCAAAGUAACAGAAGCGUUUUGCAGAAUUUUCCACCAUCCGUUGGAAAAGAUGUUGCUCACACAGUUGUCAAAACACUCGUCAAUUCGGGAACAGAAGAGUCUCUUCGUUCAGAGAAAGAAGUGGAUUGGAUUAUGGAAGUUCUGUGUUAUGGGUUAACUCUUCAAAUGACUGAGAGUGAUGGCGAAAUAGUUAAGGGUUGUGUCAACAUAUAUCUGGACUGGCUCACAGUUUUGACAAAUCCUAAGAAUGGAAUUCCCGAACCCCUGCUCAAGACCCCGGAGAAAUAUGCUAAGGCAAUUUUCCAUCACUUUCGUAACCUUUUUGUGAAAAGAACAGAAGGAAAUUUAGCUUUACAAGCCUCGUUAUGUAUCAGAGUGCUACAAGUGAUUCAAGCUACUGCUGCAGAAGCAAAGAUGUCGCCUUUAACAUGGGAGGCAUUGCUAAAGUUUUUGAUGAUCAUAAAUGACAUGCUUCUUUCACCGCCAAACAUAUCUGGGGGACUUGCAGAACACUUGUGCGAAAAAUUAAUUAGUGUUCUGCUUGAAGUAUGGCUUUAUGCCAGCUGUUAUCAUUUCCCUGCACCUUCAAUGUGGAAAACAUUACAAGAACUUUGCAUGUCAUGGCGACAUCACAGUGCAAUGAUUGAUUACUGGAGCAGAACAUCUCUCUCUCUUACCAAGAAAGUGAUACAAUUCAUGUAUGGCCCUAGCUUCCCUUUGCCCCUGGUACCGACCAAAAAGAGCGAUGUCCGACUUCCAGCCAAAUUAGCUAACGAUUGCCUGAUACAGUGCUGGUUCCGAAUUCUCCACAUCAUAGGAAAUCCUGUUGACCUCUGCAAGAAGGAGGUCAUCAGUGCUACACCUAGAUUCAAAGAAUUUGCUUUGGAAAGCGAAGAAGUUAUUUCACCUGAGGCCCAUCCUUGUUUGAAGAUGCUUCCACAGAAUUUUUUGCAAGUAAUGAAAGGUAUUGCAGUCCUUGUAAAUGCCUUCCUGAGCAUAACGACAACAGUGGAUGAGCCAGUGAAGCACAUACCAAUACCGGCACCAACGAAAAGUUCAAGCCCGCCACCUGCCAAGAGGCGUGACCUGAAAUCCGUGAGUAUUGGUUUGGCUCUAGGUUUAAAUGAUCUGACAGGGAUUGUAAGAUCGCAAACAGUCCCAUCCAGAAAUAGCAGUGGAGCCUCGUCUACUGGAAUACCCCAGCUAGACCCACAUCACACAGAACUAACAAGCAUAUCCUCAACGUCGAUGCUGUUUCCUAGAUCAACAGCAUCUGACACAGAAAGGCCUUCAGGAGACAGUGUGCUUCAUUUGUUUGGAGCAUGGCUCUUUGAUGCUAUAUUUGCCAAGAUGGACAUGCCAGCAAACUUCAAGGCCCUUGGAAAGAUCUAUGAAGGAUUUGUUGGAAAUACUGUUCUUGAAAUUUCAGGGACAGGCCGAGUGGGGUAAGGCUUUGAAUUCUUCAUUACUUUACAUGUACUUCAAAAGCCAAUAUUGUUUUCCAGGCAGACGUGUAAUGUGAUUUUCAGUCUUUAUCACCCUUAUUAGUUGAUGCUCUUAUCUGAGUCAAUCUAAAUUUUGUACAUGUAGGUAAAAAAAUUAAGGGUUUUUACCUUCAUUGUAGUUCGAAUUAUUUUGAGUUGUUGGGGAUUUUUAUGCAUCAGGAAUGCAGGAUGCAGAGAUAACAAAAUCACAGGCUGUACAUGUAUUAGGGGGAUAUAAUUGACUGAAAAACAGUCCUCAUUUUUGCAUAUUCAAGUACAUGCGAACAGUCAAACAAAACUCUGGAGCAAGGCUCAAAAAUGUGGGGUUGCACACUUCACUUGUGUGAGACUCUUUUAUGCUAUGCUAAACGAUUUUGAGAAAAAAAUCUGAUUGUUGUGCAGUUUUUUCGGGGUACCCUUCUUUAGACCUGAAUCUGAAAUUGUACAGUCAUGUAACCAUGCCUACCUGACUUUGUUGUUUUUAGGCGUGACAUUGUGGGCUACUUCAUGGACAGUAAUUUUGAGCCAGGAUGUGCUGAGGCUUAUGGUGCUCUUUGCCGCAUCUUUUGUAGUCAUCGGUCUGAUCAAGAGAUUAGACCAGUCUAUCUGUCCAGAUUUUAUUUAGCGGUGGCAAUUGGACUCCUGUAUUCAGACGUAAGCAGUAUUACAUUAUGUAUUUCUUUUUGUUACUGGUAAUUUUUCUGUUUUUGAGAUUUCCUGGACAUGAAGUGUAGAGCUUUGGUAUACACAAAAUGUAUUAAACUUUUGAGGUGCAAAACAAGCGACAGCUAACUUAAGAGAGUGAAGUCCUUUUUAAUCAAGCCUAUGAAAAAACUUCUGUAAUAAAAAUAAAUUCUAUCAGUGAUAAAAAGAUGAGUGGCUGAAAUGAGUUAAUUUUACAUGUCAGUGGUUCUUGACAUGUUUUCUCUGAGUAAAAUGAAUGGCUGUAAACAGUCUAAUGUGUAGGUGCUAGUUGUAAGGAAGCUCCCAAAGAGUACUACACUGUAUCCUGAAUUAAUUUUUUAUCAGCAGAGGAGCUAUUAAUGUGGAUGGAGUUGCUGUGUGUUUACCGUAGCCUGUAGUAAAGCUAAUGAGUUCCAAGUUAUGUUCAAGUGAUUAAGUACUUACAGUACACAUAACCUAAAUUUGGUUAUGCUUUGAAGAAUGUAAAUCUGGCAGUAAGAGUUUUGAACAUUUGCAUAAGAAUGUUUGUACAUAGUGUUACAGGGCUGUCGUUAAGGGCCAAGGGUUGGGGAUUUCCCCCUAGGGGGGCUCUAUAGAGAAGUUUCUCCUUUCAUCCAUUUCUCCUCUCUCUUCGCCACUGGGGACGUUCCGCGCAGAGGAACGUCUGCGACUCAGUGACAGAAAUUCCAUACUAAUGACGCAAAUCAAUGUUUACUUAAUAAAUCUGGUAGUCGCAGGGUUCCAAAUGUAAAUUUAUUCAAUUUCAGGUUUCUCCUGAUCAAUUUUGGUAAAGUGUUGUGUUCAUCUGCAAACGAGCUCCAGCAAAACUCAAAUGCUUGUUCUACAGAAGACUAUAUUCCACAAAUAUUGACUAUUUUGUUAGAGAUUCAUCGCAUUUACAUUUGACCUUUGUGGCCUUUUGUCUGUCAUUCGUAAACAAUAGCUAAAACAAUAUAACUACUCCGUCGACCAAUCAGGGUUUCUGACCGGAUUCUGCACAUAUUUUACAUCAUCAGUAUCGAAUUUCUGUCACUGAGUCGCAGACGUUCCUCCCUGCGAAACGUCCCCAGCAGCAAAGAGCGAGGAGAAACGGAUGUUUUCGCAGGCUAGAGGUUUUUAAGCUUAAAACACUCUAAAACACAAUCGCAUGCCACAACAAACAACACCUUUGCAUCCACUGUUUAAAUUCUGCUUGAGGAAAAUAAAUUUAUGCUGCCUGCUUGAUUUGAGCAGGCAACAAUCACAGGAAAAUUAACAGAUUCCCAUUUUUGGAUAUUUUAGGGUAUUUAAAGAAUACCCAUAAAAAUCCCAAAUUUGGCAAAGUGACACAAGUCCCAACCAAGGAAUUUCCGAACCAAGUUCCCUGAUUGGGACUUGUCUCACUCUUCCAAAUUUGGGAUUUUUGUGGGUAUUCUUUAAAUACCAUAAAAUAUCCAAAAAUGAGAAUCCAUUAUUUUUUCCUGUGAAUCUGAUUUGUGUUAUUAUUGACAAUAGCAAACUCAUGCCUCCAGCCAGCCGUCUGUGUGGGGGAGGAGUGUGAGCUCAUUUUCCGAACAGCAGUUCGCAAGAUGGUUUGUUAAGAGUAUGGUUUGCUCUCAGGAAGAUCUGAUUUAUGAGUUGAGACGACUGAAGGUUGUCUGUAAGGGUUAUUCCCAAGUCAAUGGUUUCGCUAGCAGUGGUUUAUUGUAGGGUCCCAUCUACAUGUAUGUGGUAUUAUCUGUUUGACAGUGAUUUUUUGCUGGCGAUGUUUAGGGUCUUGCACUUUGGUAAGCCAAGGCUCAUUGUUAAGGUGUGACCCCAGUUGGAGAGCUGAGUCGUCUUGUUGAAGAGAGAUCUUAUCAGUAUUCUUCGAAAUUCAUCUUGUUAUUUGGAGUCGUCAGCAAAAAUUACUAUUUUAGAGUCAACGAGAAAAACUUUGUGUCUCGCGGAGCCUUGCUACACUGCCAUCUUGCUUGCAUGUUCUGUCUGAUUAAUUUACAUUGUACCCAGCAACUUCAAAUCUUAGCGACAGCCCUUCAUGUACAGUGUUCAUUAUGACUAAGAUAAGAACAUGAAGGAAAGGAGUUAGAACAAGCAUUAUAAUACAAUUAAUGUAUUAUUACAGUGAGCAUUAGAAUGUUAAAUGUUAAAACAAUUUGGAAGGUGUUGGCUUUCCAUUUACAGAUUGUUGUUAGUCAAAUUAAUAUUUUCCACUCAAAUAAAAUUAAUAUACUGUAAUUUGAUAUUGUUCAAUCUCUUUCAGUUAUGUACAGGUCACGUUCUAUGCAGUAUACUUCUUAACUCAGCUGAUCUCUUGCAAGUUGACCUUCAGGGGGUACAAGUGCUUUUACCACACCUUAUCGCUGCUCUUGAGACAGUGCUACCCAGGAAAGAAUUUCAACUGAGGUGCAGUAUAAGAGCUAAUUAAAUGAAACGAGGAAAUAAAAGAUGUGCCUUUAUAAAAUAAAAAAAAUUCCCUUGUCACUGGUGUAUCAUUUAGGUUGGUGCAUUUGUCAACUUGUGGUUCCAUAAUUACUGUACAUGUUGCAUUAUUUUUGUCCUUUGGUAUAACCCCCAUCUCACUGCAAACACAGUCCAGAUUAAUCAUUAAUGAUCCUGGUAACAAAGGAAACAAUUGCUUUUGUUAUGUUGCGAUCACUUUCCUCACAUAAGAAUGUGUUAUUUUCACACAGAGAAUGCAUAAUAGAUAAACCUGCAAAAAGGCAGUUUAUGAAACACCAAUUUUAAAGGGUGCCUUUUUGAGUAAGAUUUCGACCAAUCAUAAGAGUUGCAAACAAUACCCAAGAAAAGUUUACAACUAAUUUUUACUUGUUUCUCACAUAGGAUUUCUGUUACUUAAAAUGUAGACUGAGAUGAGAUUUUGUUAAAAGGAAGUUGUUUACAAAAUGGGGGAUUAUUAUACAUGCUGCUUUGUGAAGAUUUUAUAAAAUUUGAUGACUGUUCAAACCAAUCAGAAAUUCAGUGGAGACAAAAGAAAUUCAAUCUGACAUUUUAGUGCACGCAGCUAAGGUUUUGUUUUGGAAUUCUUUGGUUUGCAAAAUGAUAAUGAGAUGUUAACUUCCGAGAUUAUGUACAUGUGCAUGUACAGUACAAUUCAAGGUGUGAUUUCCAGUCUAUCCUGUAUGUCAUGCUUUACCAGCAUUUUUCCAAAAGAUGUUUUUGCUCAUAUAGUGUUCUUCAUCAUUGUACCGUACGUAGUAAAUAAUUAAAUAUUGACUCAGAGGUUGAGUUUAAAAACUGUAAGGGUUUACUACAUUAUGACUGUAAUCACAUUUUUUGUCUUGCAUAACUUUUUCUCUCACCAUGUUCACACAGGUGUAACAUCUCCACCACUGAGCUUCGUAGAGCAGCAAUACAUCUUCUGUUAUCCAUGUUGUGUCUUCCACUGCAUUUUCAAGAUCUCCCUAUAAAAGGUGUGAAAUAUUUUGCAAACACUUCAUCACAGACUGCUCUGGUCUUUGCGAUUUUGUUAAAAAUUGUUAUAAAAGAGGUCUGCCUUGAAUUUGGCAGCUUUUGGCUGCUUCCUGAGUUCACUGUUACUGAUAUUCCAUUGCUGUCAUCCAGAGCUAUCUCCUUUUCAGUGAAGGCAGUGUGGCCGAGUAGUUAGAGCAUUGGACUUGUAAUCUGGAAUCCCCGAGUUCAAGUCCCACCCUGACCACUAGCUGGAUUUGUUCUUGAUAGUCUUGAGUUCAAAUCCUUGGCAACAUUUGUAAAUAGCCAACUGGUUUGCCUCUUAUCAGUUGCGAUUCUUAAACAUAUUUUUUUUAUCUCCUAUUGCUUUUUUUUUUUAAUUAUUGGUUCUGUAUCUCUGAAAAGCCCUGUAAGAAGAGUGGAUAAUUUCAGUGUUUAUAAUUUAUAAUUAAUUAUCUUUGUACCUACAGCUGUAAUUGAGGAUAUUUGUUCACUGAGAUUGAUUAGUACCUUGAGUUAAAGGUUAAUUUUUUACUUUGUCUGUUGUAUUUUUUUCUAGACAUGACAGCAACGUGGAGAAAGAAAAACUCUGCUGAACAAGACAAUCAAGAACCCAAGAAGACACUGACAUUCAUGUCACUAAAGCCCAGACUCACUAGACUUUUGCUGGAAGCUCUGCAGUGUGAAGCGGACUCUUUUAAUGUUCAGAUCUUACUGGGAGGUUUGUUGUUGUUUAAGAAAGUUUUAAGUUGGAUGUGACAAGGUCUUCUGUACUUUUUUGUGUGCCCUAUGGAAAAAAAAAAUGCUUGUUGCAUCCUUAUAGACAUUGACAAGUGUACAAUUACAUGCUUAUACACUAACAAUUCCAACAUUUUAUAUGUAAUAUUGUCCAUCCUUUCCCCUCAGCCUCCUAACAGGCAAAUACUCAUUGAUCGUCAAAUUAUCAGGGUUCUACACCAAUGUGCUGAUAAGUUCCCUCUGCAGCACAGACUGUAUUAUGGUGCCCUGUUGGUACUCACAUAUCUUUUAACAUACAUUGCAUGGCCAUUUGUUUUCAGGUGUAUCCUUACUAAUCCAAGACAGCGAGAUUGCAGAGUCCCAAGGGAUUGCUUCCCCUAAGCAGGAUGAUACUUCAGCCCGUGUGUCUGAUCAUCUCCAGGCUCCUCAGGAUGCUCGCCGCCGAGCCAGCACUGGUAGCAGCCCAAUAUCAGAGGCUGGCAGCACUGGUACUUUGGACAGUGUUGGCCAGCUUGGAUUCAGUCAGCAGUCUGUGCAGUCAAAUGGUACAUGUAUGCAUUCAUACUACUUAAAAUAAAAAAAUGUGAAAAAAUGUGGAAGCUUAGCAGCUGAGUAAAUAGUUACUGUCUUAUUGAAUGAAGCAGUAAAUAACUUUUUUUAAGAAAACUGUGGUGCUGUGUCAAUCAGACAGAGUAUUGUCAAAUUCGAUUUUGUCAACUUCUUUGGUUAAUCACCUAUAAAGCAUGGUGUAGCCUGCGAGCAAGCUCUCUGUGGCACUUGGGUGGUGGGGUAGGAAAAGGAAGGAGAGCUUGCAAACUACAUCUCUGGAAUUUGAAUAUCUGCAUCAAAAAUGUCGAUGCAAAAUGCUGAUUGGCGUAGAUGACACUACUAAUAACGUCACUACCCUUGGCACUUUUUUUUUCAAUGUUUGUUUACAUUCGCACUCUUUUCUGCUUCGUGCUGAUUGGUGGAAAUCUGACAGCCCAGUUCACAUGGAGCCACAGGGGAAUUCACAGUAGGAUUCAAAUUCCAUCUCCAUCCUCUUCCAGCCCUGCCACCAGCAGUGAAUAUUGAUCUUCAAAAACACUACAAACCAUCCCAGAUUCCUCUCCUCCUUUCCAAACCACUGUGUCCUGUUAUCUGGAAGCCUGUUCACAAUCUAAAUUGUGGUCUAGCCAAUUUCAUAUUACAAUUGAUUAGACCUGGUACUUUUCCCUCCACCACUUUUGACAUCCUUCAAUUUGGUCUUCUACACCUGUACUUCAUGUUCAUGUAUCUCAGUUGAACUCUGCAAUUCUUAGCUAUUUCGGUACACUGUAAUGUAUUUUUUCCCUUUUUUUUGUUUUCAGCUGACCUGAGCACAAUACAGGUUCUCUUUGUGCAGUUGACACAUCUCCUUUGUAAUAAACUUGUUGUGAUAAGAAGCAGCCGAUGGAAAUCUGACCUGCACAUUACACUGUCUGCCUUUGAGCUACUUUCUAGUCUUGCUCAACUUAGCAUGGAUCAUUUGGGUAAGGAAGAUCUCAUGUAUGUUGUGGUUGAAUUUUAUCCUUGUUUUAAGUUUUAUUCCCCCUUGAGUUUCUUUUUGGAUAUGGUAAUGUACACUGUCUGAUAAUGACUUUGAAACGAAGCAAAAGUGAAUUAAAAUCGUUUAGAGUAAAUAGAAAUUUAUUUCUUGUUUGGGUGUGAAAUAGUAUGACUUCAGCAAAUACAAUGGACUGAUAUUGAGCACAGGUUUUCCUCUUGAAGAAAGCAUUUAGAAAAGCAUAAGUUAUAGCCUGCAUCUGGUGGGAUUGGCAGGCGAGUGCUGUAGUGUUUUGGCAGCGGAGAUGCAUGAAGGUUGGGAACAAGACAAAUUAAUUUUCCCUCGCGGCUUCGCUGUUCUCGCUUCGCGUGGCGGCUCUGCCGCCAUCCCACGCACAAAAAUUUCACCAGCUACGCAGGCUAUACGAGUUAUAUUUUACUAUAUAAACCAUCCAGCUGCACACUUUUAAAAGCACAUAGAUAAAAAUAAUGUUGGAUGUUUUUUGCUUUUUCAGACCAAGCUGAAUGCAAGAGUACAAUCCACUGGUUGUGUGAUUAUGUAUCAUACCAAGCCAAUAAGAAAGCCACACAUCACUCACGUGACUUACACUCUAUGAUAGUUGCUGCAUUCAGCUGCCUGCAAACAUGGAUAACGUCACACCCAUGGCUAUUGGAUAGUCAGGUCUGUAUAAUCCUUUUACUCGCAAGGCUAGUGUUCCGAACGGAAAACACAAGAGAAAUUCCAAAUUAGUAAAGUAGUGCUAAAUAAAUGGUUCCAUGUCAAAGUACUUUUGAAGGGGUUCGCAACCCGUCGUUCGGAUAGAAGGUUACAUGUAGAAUCACCAUCUAAAACAAGAUGAACAGCACCACUCAAAAGUAGUGUACAUUUCAAUGGUCACAUUAUGAAAAUUCCAUGCCCAGAAGCAAAAGUUAACCAUCGUUUACAGCGCAAUAAACAGCACCACAGAAAAGAACUGCUCAGUAGAUUUCUUUGAUCGCCCUUAAAGCUUUUAGCCACAGAAUCAAAAGUUAGAACCAUUUUGUACAGCAUAGUGAAUAGAGGUACAGCACAAAGUACCACUCAGUACCUUUCUUUUGAAUCGCUGCACUUCGUUGUUUUGGAAGUUCUGAAUUAACCCAUAAGAAAGUGUAUGGAGAAGUAAAAACUCUUGGUGAUAUCAAUUUAAUGCGUUAGAAAAAAAAUCACACACACAGAUAUAGAGGCUUACGGUCAUAAAAUAGCAGCAUCUUAAAUGAUUUGUCUUUGAACUUUGCAGGGCUGCUUACAAGUUGUCAUGGAAGUGGUUGAGCUGGGAAUAUCAGGAAGCAAGUCCAGAGAAAUUCCAAGAGUAAGUAACACAACAAAGCAGUGUCGUUUCACUCGCACGUUGAAUUUUUGAGGUAAAAAGUCGAGACGGCGCAGGGGUGACAGCACUGGCCUCCCUCCAUCUGACACAGAUUUCUAAGUUGGGUCACAAACGAUGCCAACGUAAGUCGAUCACAGCUUUCAUCGGUUUUGACACAGCAAUCCUUUAAAAUUCAGUACCAAAGUUUCUGUAGUGGCCAUUUAAAGACCUCAAUUGUUUUUCUUUCAUAGCCUUCAAUUUCCCUUUCAAAUUGUUAAUUUUCUGAAAAUUAAGACUGUUCUUACCAACAUUUUCGUGCCUCUAUCUCAAGGAUCAUCAGCAAGGAACAGAAUUUGUCCCUCGGUUAAAAGGUGGGUAAAUACCAAGGUUCCACUUCUACUUCUAGCAGUGUCAGCUCAAUUUUGUGUAUGUUCCCGUAUUGAUAUAAGCAAAGACCAUAGGAUUAACCACGUUUAGGCUUUGCGUAGGCUGGUCAAACUUCUGUUUUUCUUCUGGUCAAUCUUCCUUUCCUAUUUUCAGUGGUAUCUGCCUUGCGAAACACUGAGGCUCACGGGGAAACAAAAAUUAAGUAGUUUUAAAAUCAUCAUGUAAUUUGUUAUAAUUGUAGAACAAAAGGAUAAAUCUCUACACUGUACGAAUUGAAAGUAAAUCUCGCCGAGCGGUGAACAUGCCGGAAACAGUACACUGAUAAAAUCAUAACUUCCUCUGACGUCAAAAUGGAAUGUUGUCCGCUCAGAUGCUUUUAGCGGGAAACAUUUGUAGGUAUCAUAGGAUCUCGAAUAAGUAAUUAGAACGCGUCCUGUGUGGGAAAAACGUCCAGCUUUAUAUUUCAGUAAUGGUUUUACUCCUCCUUGCAGGUGACAAAGAACUAAAACCAGUAUCGUUCAGAGUGAGAGAAGCAGCUGAAGGCCUCUUGACUGUCAUAACGGAACACUUGGUAUGUCAUCCAGAUACUAAUGGUGUUCGCAGUCGAAAGGAUAGUGACUGUUAAAAAAUUCCAUAUGAGCACAGGUUACCCAUGUUGGAAGCAUGUUGAACCUAGGGUAGGCCAAUGCCAGUUCAUUACACAGUUAUCCCAGUAUUCACUAGUACGGAGGUGCUGUGAAGACCCAAACCCAGACCUUCAGAUUUGAAGUGAAGCUCGCUGCCUCUCCCACAUUCCUCGAUAAGGAGAUAGUGUGAACUCUUUUAGAUAAAUUAGUGGGGGAAAUACUAUUGUGCUUUGACCAGGUCAGACUCUUCUUUUAAUUCAACAGGGAGCUUUCCCUUCACCUUGUGGUCCAGCCUCCUUAUCAUCUCUUCUGGACGAAGACUGGGUUUUGGAUCACGUGCAGCCAGCCGAUGGCUCAACAAAGGUCAGGACAAGACUAGUCCUUAAAUAGUUGAGAUAACGUACAGUAUUCUGUCACGAAAAACAAAAAAAGCAGAACUUUAAUCAUACAGCAACCAUCUAUAACCUGCUGCUUGCUUUUGAGCGCAGCGUCCGCACUAAAUUUAAUGUGUCUUGAUCUCUCUUGCGUCCUUCCAUCUUUGUUUGUUCCCUGCCUUUUGCACCACUUCAUUUACCCGCGCUUUUCUCCUUUGCACAAAUUCCAGUACUUAUUAACGUUUGGUGCCAGCGACAUGUUUGUCGUCCUUGUAACCAGUUCAUUUUUCCCGCGCUUUUAUUUCUUUACACACAGGUAUUGAGUACUUGACAUUUGGCGCCGGCAACAUGUUGUCCUGCCUGUUAAACAACAGUUCUGUCCUUUCCCGCACUUGGCUCCAGUUCAUUUUUCCCGCAUUUUUCUCCGUGUUUUCCAGCCUGCUUAACAACGCUUCUAUUCUCUGGCGCGCUUGGCACCAGGUCUUUUUUCCCGUACUUUUCUCCUUGCUUUCCUGCCUGCCUAUCAACGGUUCUGUCUUCUCCCGCGCUUGGCACCAGACGAGCACCAGACUCAUAUUAUUUUUGUUACUGUUUAUUAGCAAGUGUUUCAUAUGUUACGUGUUUUAUUUUUCAUCAGACGCCCCGCAAAUUCCAAUACUUUGUAAUCCAGGAUAGCAGUAUCAUGUUGGGAUUGUUGGAAGAAUCCCUAAAGCACAAAGGUAAGCUUUCCUUUUGUUCAGCUUGCAUCACUCAGAGUUAUUCAUUGCAGGAUACAUGAUUGUUAUAAGCCUUUUCCACCAUAAAUGCAGUCAUAUAGGGAGACUAAAUCUUUGCUUGCCUUUUGGGUCGAAUGCCCUGGGGCCCAGUUUGCUGAGUUUGUGACAAACCCCUUAGAUAUCACUGGCUUUGAAACUACUGCUCUGCUUUACUUUAGAUAUCACUGGCUUUGAAACUACUGCUCUGCUUUACUUUAGAGAGCUUUUAAGACAAUGACAUUCAUAGUAAAGAAUUUUCUUGUUUAAUGAAGAUUUCCCAGAACCUGAUGGCUUAAUUUUUGUGCCUGUUUACUGCUACACGCAAGACAAAUUUGGUCUGAUAAUGAAUUACAACGGUACGACAAAACAACGCUGUCCAUUUAAUAUACUAGCAAGGUUACCGUUUGCCAUAAAAUAAAUGAACCACGGCAAGUAUCGCAUUCUUUUAAGAAAAGAAUCAACAAACCCAUUGAUUUUAAGCGAUCUUCAUGAAUUCUAAACCCUGUGCAGAAACAAAAGAGAUCGACGGUGUGACCCGGCCUCUCUAUAAGCUUUAUUUUACACUAACUUGAUAACGUCAAUAUGUAUUUUUUUCUGUUAGACCCUUUACCGACCUUGUCAGCAGUUAUCCGUGGUCCCACUGGCCGUUAUGUGUGGACCAUGCAGUUAAGACAGUUUUCACGACAGAAAAAUGUACAGUACUUCAUGUUAUUUAUUCAAUUAAUACUUUUCUUCUGCUCCGUGAGAAAUUUUUGCAAUUUGAUUGAGUUAGAGCAGUGGUAUUUCAGCUUAAUUCAGCCGAUGUACACUUUUGACCAGUGAAAUCAGCCUUGUUUAAGAUGACAGUUGAAGAACUGAAUUUUUCUAUUAUUUUUCUACUUCUUCUCAUUUUGGAUAAGUUUUUUAACCCUUUUGACUGCUAAAAUCAAUCUUUGAUUCUUGAAUUUUUGCUUGCUGCAAUGACUCCUGACACUUUCAUUAAUUCAUAUGCGAAGUUUUACGCACUGCAGCUAGUUGACGACCUUUUUGUUAAGGGGCUGAAAAGUCCUUGCUCAAAAUAAUAUCCGUACGGCGAACAAUUUUCUUUGGAAAUGCUUUAGUAUUGUGAUAUUUUGCACAAGAACUAACGUUCUUUCUAGUAAAUUUGCUUCUUUCUCCUUAGGACCUGAUUGAGGCGCACCUUAAGGACCCAGGGCGCCCUUCACCAGACAAGACCCAACCUCGACCCCCUCCGAACAUAAAACACAGGGCCUUCCCUGAAGCAGUGGAUACAGUGCCUCUCACGAAAGCGUUAGUGAAUUUGUUUUUUUUUUCUUCUUUUGCAACAUCCGUCCUAUUUCCUCCAAGUUUUCCUAUAGCUUUGUACGUACCUUAUAGCCUGCGUUGUAGCUGGUUCACCCAUCGUCUAAACUAUUGGCCCAUGCCGGCAGUGUAAAGUGUCUGCAACGCAAGCUAGUGCCUUAUCUCAUUUGGAACCCUUUUGCUUAAACAGAGACCCGACGUUGUUGUUAUCAGGCCGUUAUCACAUGCAUAGUACGGGUGGAUAGAGAAAAAGAAGGUUUGGUCUGGGAAAAACGGUGGCGUUUGCUAUGACCAACAGCUCUAAAUCCUUCUCAAGAAGCGCAGUAUUACUUUGUUUUAAUAAAAGUUCUUUCCAACUUUGCUGGACCGCAGAGUAAAUUCGAACAUAGGUUUUUUUCUUCAGCAAAUAAUCUACGAUCAGGCGUUUUCCCCCCUUCCGAUGAAAGACGUAAAAUAUAAUUAUAUAGGGAGGGCUUGAACGCAGGCUAUUCGGCAAAUUUAUAUAAAGACGCAGUGAGUGUUGUUUGUGUGUGUAGGGAGCGGGGACUGUAACCAGUGCCCGGACUAGUCAUUUCAUGAUGCUUUAAAACACCUGUUUCACAUAUUUCCAUUUCCAUCCGUUGCCAACGAUUUCCGUCUAGUGUUAUUUAAUACCUUUUUUUCUCUUUUCUUGUUUUCUUUUUCUAGAGAUCGAAGUAUACCAGAACUGGAUGACAUUUUAGAUUCUAAACUCAGUGAAGUGCAGGACCAUAUGCGAGCACUUAUGCAGAAACAGGUCUAUAAUUAGUUCCACCUUCCGUGCCUUUAUGUCCGGUCCUCACUAGAGCCGCAAGCACAAGCAAGUAUGAGAGUAAGCAUAUCGUAAGCCUAUGCAAAGAACCUUAGUUGAGGACGGCCUUGACCCACGCACUGGAGGGAAGACGGCCUUGACACAUGUUUAUCCAUAAGAAGACCGAAAGGGUUCGAUAUUCUUGUGUUCAUCCAUAUGCUUAUGUCCCCUCCCCCCUUCCCCCUCCCCGUCCUGACUAGCGUAGAAGCUCCUUAUACUCAUGAUUAUCUCGCUCAGUAGUGAGGACCACGCUAUGCUUAUGCUUGCGUCACUUGUGAGGACCGGGCUUUACUCAUCCUUUACCUCAACCUCGUCCCUAGGGCUAAAUGGGAGGGAAUAGUCCUGGGAACGAGGUUGCCUUUAGUUUACCAGUCAUAUCAGAAAUGUCCGAAAUCUAUAAAUUUAGAUGAAAUCUUGAGUCUCUCAGUAUUUCCAUGCCUGUGUACUCCGUUUACUUAUGAUAGGCCUCGUUUUUCUCAGUAUUGUCACUUUGUUGUUUAUCCCCACUUUUGGACCGUAUACUGCUGGUCUUCAUCAUUCGCCUGAUGAAGAAGAGCAUUACUCCAUGCCACGUUGCGGUCAAUAACGAAAUGAUUGUUGUGAGGAAAGUGACAAACGAGCCCUAUCUUAUACAUACCACACUAAACAAUAUCUUUCAUGAUUUGUCUUUUGCUUAAUAGUUGGAGCAUGAAACAGUGGCGCAGGCAAAAUUAAAAGGAGGAAAAUCAAAAGUGAAAUUUGCUGAUGAUGAUGCAGGAAUAAGACCACCCCAGUAAGUAGCAACAGUAGCAGGUUGAUGAAUGACAGCACAUGUUAUAUGUUUAGUAUUCUUGCCGUAAAUCCACCUUAAAGGCACCCUCUCAAUUAUCCCUCUCUUUAGUAAGCACAGCCCCCCUUUUUUCAAGAGAAGAAAGUUAUUAAGGCCUCCCUCUUCACCCUCAUUUUUAACAACCAAAUCAAUGAACGAUAGAGUGAGCGCAAUGUUAAGCUAAAUCAAAUGAGCCCCCCUCUCUUAAAUAAGCCAAUGAUCUCUCUUAUUAUCCCCACCCCACCCCACCCCACCCGUGAUUGAAAUAAAUAAACCACUCGCUUGAAGGACUAAAUAGAUGAUUAUUUUACGGUAUUUGAAGCCGCUAUCUCCAUCGUCACGCAUUGUCCUUCUCUUUGAUAGGCUAAAGAAGCGUUGCUCGACGGGUUUGCCAAGGGAGUUUAGAAUAUUAUCAGGUGUAUUUUUGUUACUUUCAACCUGGUCGUUAUUUCGAUUCACUUGACUUAAUUCUGUACUUCUCUUUGUGUUUUUCAGACCAUGUAAGGAGUUUAGUCCAUCUCGUCUUUUGCUUUCCCAUCUUGGUUUACUGUCCAUCGAAGGACUAAUGGUAAAGCAGUACUGCUAUUCUGUUUGCGCUUAUUUUUAGGGAUUUUGUCAGACGUACUUGCUGUUUUUUGCCAAUACUAUAAUAAUAUUUUAGAAAUUAAAAUCUAUAUUAUAAUAUAAACCUACAAAGAACGAGAAAAUUCAGGAUGAGGUCAUUGAACUACAGAAAGCAAAUUUGAAUGAGUUUUCAGCUCCCUCUUAAACAUCUAAACAGAAAUUGAACAUCUGGUUUUAGAAAGGUCGUUCCAAAGUCUUGGAGUUGUAAUCAAAGAGCUCUAUCACAGUACGUUUUUAGGAUAGACUUCCGUUCAUCUAACAGUUCUUGCGAACCCGAACUCAGUCUCUGGUUUCUCAACAUUUCGGCCGGAAAAAGUGCCGAAAAACAACAACAACAACAACCUCGUCCCAAGGGAUUCCUCUACUGUUUCAAGAGGAAGAAAGUACAAACAACCCUGGAGAUAAGGGUGCUAAAAAAGGCUGAUAGCACUGACAAGGAAGUGCUUUUGAUCCUCUACCCUCGACGGUCGACUGUACUACCACGUUGCAAGGCACUUAGAAGAUUUCACAUGUGGCGCAUCAAGUCCUAGUCGUCCCUUGACAUCAGAAUGUAUUGGGGACCUAUCUUUCUCCUGCGUAACCCACUAAGCCCUUUAGAGCAACAAUCUUGGACAAAAUGUGUUGUUGAGAAUUUUGCACUUUCUUAUCCCCAGCACGCCUAUCCCGCUAUUAUGGUACCUCUAUGGCCUCUCCCCUCGCUCCACCCUAGCAACGUUUUUUAGUGGGCAUCAGAAAUGAUCCAGCCGGACUUUAAUGUUUUUUUUUUGUUUUGUUUUGGUUAGUUUUGUUUUUUGGUGGGGAGAAGGCGGGGGGGUGGGGAUGGGAAGGGGAUUAUUAAUUUGUAGUUACCAGUGCUUUCAAGAGCUUUAUCUUGAAACUAGACAUGGGGAAGUCCGUUUUUCUCAACAUUUUUGUUCAAGAUUGAACGUUAUGUACAGUCUCCGUCAAAAUUGUUGGGACACUUAACUGUCCUCUUACCCUCCCAAUGUUGGUGCGCAAGAUUUUGUGAGUUAACUGCGAUCAACAACAUCGGGAGGACAAGGAGACGGGCCAGAAGUAAAAACAGCACUGGGUGGAAGUGUCCCAACUAUUUUUGUCUGACACUAUAGCCUUCUCCCUUGACUUGAUGCAUUUGUGACAUAUCUUUCUUUCUUUUGUAGGGUAAUCCAUUGCGUCCAUUCGAGGACGCGAGCCUGCUUGCACUGAAUUCCACGUCCAGCGGAUUCUCUCAAGCUCUGAGGGAACUUGAUCACGUUUCUACGCGAACACAGGAUACAGUUUAUGUGUUUUACGUAAAAGCGGAACAAACAGACGCACAUGAAAUCAUAGAAAACCAGGUGAGUAUAAUAUCUGUCAUAUUUACUGGAAUGAACGAACCUUAUUGGUGAUAUUCGACGCAAAGUGUCCUCAUGAAUAACAUUCACCGAAGACUCUGUCAAAUAUGAAGUUAUAUGAAAAUAAAGAACGACCCAGUCUGUCAUUGGCGUUCUAAUUAAACAACGUUUGUCAGUACUUAAGAGAGACGCGCCAGUUGGAAACAAAAUAGGAAAAAAUGACGGAGCAUCUUAAAGUGUAGGGAAUGCCGUUUGCACGAAAAAUGUUUGCAAACAGUUGACAUGGAGUAAUGUGUUGCACUGUUGUUGGCCUUUAUGGUGUAUAACUCUAUAACAAACACGAGAUAAUUGUGGCUCUAUUACGACCUUGUCUUCCCGUCUUUGUCGGGUCAUGGUGAAUUGAAGAUUAAACUUAAAGUACAUUAUGUAUAAAACACACGCUAACAUAAUUUUUCAAACAUUUCCUUGUAUUGCUAACAGAUUGGUUCCUGUAAGCACUCCAAGGCAUUCCGUGAGUUUCUACUCUCCUUAGGAUGGCUAGUCGAUAUAGACUCACACUCGGGCUGGUCAGGGAACAUUAAGCAGUGCUGGAGCAGAGGCAGUAGUGUAUCUACCUUGCGCCCUGCGGAGUCCAGCUAUUUACAGUCCUCUCAUAGCGUGUCAACUCUCACGGGUAGCGAAGAACAGGAGGUGUCUGGGAGCGACAGCGAUCGAUAUGCGUCUUGCCGAGAGAGUUUUGAUAGUGAAGCAUCGCCGAGCAGCGGGAAGGAUUCUCCAGCCGUGAAUUCUUCUCCUUCUCAUCCUCCGACUGAAACCAAGCUGGUUGAUGAGAUUCUUUACUACGCAGAUGUAAGCUCUGAAGUUGCGUUUAUCAUGCCGUCCCUCCUGCCACGGUAUCAGAAGUUUCGGUGCUUAGCAGAACAGCUGGAGAGCUUUAAGGAGGAAGUAGAGCCCAUGCCGCGAAGAAGGACUCGGUCAGGUAGCACUGGGAGCCUGGAAGGAAGUAGUAUUGGGAGCCAGUUGGAUAUCAAAAGCAAGAUAUCCCGUCAGGCCUCCGAAGGGAUGACUAUACACGAGGUAUAUGAGAGCCAGUGAUACUUUACCUUACUUAUAUAGACUACCUGUCAUUGUAGAAAGAAGCAAUGGGGAGGAAAUCAAUGCGCCAUUUGCACGAUGGCGUCAUUUUACUACUACGACCAGAAUCCUUUACGUUUUUCCUUUCAUAUUUAAAUUUGGUAAUCCCAGCGAGGUUUACAAAACAAAAGCACUUAUUUGCACAAGAAAGCAAAACCCUGAAGGAUUCGUGUCGUAGUAGUAAAAUGACACCAUCGUGCAAAUGGUCUAUUAUCAGUGUCAUUCCAUUACAUUAUAUUAAGGGGCAAAAGUAAUUUAUAUAAAUGAAAUUUCCUUCCAAAAAGCGGGGCGAAGUUAAGGACUUGCUCUGUCCAUAAACUAACAGAAGGUUUUGUAAACAGUUUAGCUGAUGCUAGUAUUAUUUUAAAGUUAAAGUCAAUUAUCCGCGAAACUAACCCGAAAAAAUCCAGCCAAUAGCGAUAAUUCGCAUUAACGUAAUAUACCAACCACUGCCACUUUUGCUCCUUGGGCAAAAACAAAACAAUCGCACUUUGUUUGAGUGUGAAUGCAUUUAGCGUAAAACUAUUAAUUUAGGACACCACUAUGUUUACGUCUCCCAAUGGAGACGGGACCACCAUUUAACGUGGCCGUCCAAGCCACGUGAAGGUCUGGCCGUCUGCAGGGCAAAGACAGUAUCUUUACUGCUCAUAUUUUAUGACCCUGAGAGCUUGUCCGGUCCCGGGGAUAGAACCCAUGACCUCCCGUCCUGCAGUCAAGCGUUGUACCGACUGAACUAGUCCUGUCGCGGCGAAAGAGUCAUUAUCGUUUAAGUCAACGCCAAGACGCUUUCUCUGGUUUCAGAACCGUGCCAUGUCGCGUCUUGGUAACGAACUCUCACUAGAGAGUCGACCGCUGUCCAGGUUGAGCACGCACAACACCUCGUCCGAGACAAACGUAGUGGUGGCCUGGCUCGAGCGGUUUGAAGAUCAUGCCCAGUUCCCUGUGGACGAGCUGCCGAUGGAAUUUGAUCUCAGUCAGAAUGUAGGACACAGCUGGCGUGAGAAAGACACCGUGGUUAUUUUUAUACAUCACCUGAGAAGUGGGCUAUUCCGCAUCCAUAUCAGGUCAACAAUCAGGUACAUCACUCUAUGUCUAUUUUUUUUAAUUGUAAAUUUUUGUUAAGUACGGCAGCCUUGAAAAAUACCGUGAUAUUAUUCAUAAAGCCCUCAUUAUUCAAUCAUGUUUGUUAAUUUUGUGUGUUUUUGCCAGCCCGCCUUAAUCUAAAGAUAAUUGGUGCUUUUUUUAGGUCUCCUAUUGGUGGGCCCUUGGUGGACGGUAUGGUAGUGAGCCGCAGAACACUGGGCACCAUGGUGCGGCAGACCGCUAUUAAUAUAUGCCGUAGGCGCAGACUGGAAAUUGACUCGUAAGUGAUGUUUUUUUUUUUCAGAGUGUUGAAGCAGCCUUACGCGACCUAAGUUGGAACUUUUUUUUGAUUUUGUUCUGUACCUUUUUUGUAACCUUCUUUAACGAAAAGGAAACAAAAUACUUUUUAGUUACACCAACAAAAUGGGUGAUUUCCACUCGCGUUUGGUUCUAAUUGCCCAUAUUAACAAUUUGUUCAAAUCGCCAUUGCAUGGAGAUAAUUUGAGAUAAUUUCUUUUCCCGCAACUGUGCUUAUAGUGAAACGACAUCUUUUGAAUGAAUGAACACUUUAAUUUCAAUGGGGUGCAUAAUUACAGACCAACUGUACUCUCCCUUAUCGUCCUAUGAAACUACUGAAAUUUGAAAAAAUCCUAAAAAACUAGAAUACUAAGGUAAGAAAUAAUUUCAAUAUCAGAACGUACUCGAAUUUACACAUGGAUUAAAAAAAAACUUACUAAGUACUUUAAGAAAAUAUUAAGUCGCUUAAGAAAGUUAAAAAAUUCUGUCAAUUUUAAAACUGUCAGGCGUGAAUUUGCACAUGACUGAAUCAAAGAAAUUUCUUUUGAACGUCUUUACGUCAGAAGAGCGGACUAAAGCAUUUUCACUGACAUGUUGUUCCACAGUUUAACUGCAUUGUAAAAGAACGCCCGCUUCAUGCUAUUGGUAUGUGGAACAGGAAGCCUAUAAGGCAACCGAGACCUUAUAUCAUGAUAUCAUAACAGUUUCUCAGAGAUGUAAUCCGGUGCACGUCCAUCCAGGAUUUUCUUGAGCAGAAGUAGUCUUCUUUCAAUACAGAUUUCAUUGAUGGGUAGCCACCCAAGUUCCAAGUUUUUGACCCUUUGUUUUAUCGCUUACAGGUAUUCUCCGCCUCAAGUUUGUCGUAAACUCAAGAUUCAAGAUAUCGUCAAGAAAUAUCGCCAUGAACGAUCCGUUGCCGAUUUUUACGUGUCGCUCUUUACCAAUGAUUCGAAGUAAAUGGCAGAGAUAUUUUGCCCGUGGGAGGUACUUCCUUACAAGAGCCUACUGGGGAUGUGCCGCUGGAUGGGGUCGCAUUUUCACGACUGGAUUGACUAUAAUGGGAUCGCAUUUUUAACAGAGUCGCACAUUUUCUGAUUUUUGGGGUAAGACAGUUCUUCAUUUUUACGUUCAGCAAACAUACCAGAAUGUUUGUACUGUAGGUGAAUUUUUCAGAUUCAGAUUUUGGGAUCCCGAAAGUUACAUAUUUGCCCAAGUGACUAAGAUGGGGUAUAUAAUGGGCCACAGAAUAGGUUAUAAUGGGGUAGGGGCUCUAAGAGGCCAGCGGCACAUAACCAGUAAAAAUUAACCCAAGUACCUCCCGGGGAUAUUUUCAAAGUUGAAACUUUUAAAUGUUCUUCAAUUUAAUUUGUAAAUACAAAAUUAAGCUACAUGGAAACGCUUCCCUUCUAUAUUAAAAGGUACUUGUACAGCAUAUUAAGAGAACGACAUCCUCCGUAAAAGGUACCGUUUAAUUACUUUCAUUAAUUUGAAGUGCAUCUCAGACCUUAAAUUGAUUUUAAACGCUACCAAAGUACUUUAGUUACAAGUUUCCUCUAUGAAUGAAGGUUACAUGAAUUAUACCACUAUACAGACUGUGAAUUGUCAACGGAAAGUGAUUGCUUAAUUAACAUAGAAAGAAGCCUUGACUGUGUUCUGAUCAUGAAAAGAAUAACAUGAACAAGAAAGAAGUAUACAAAAGACUAUUCGAGUGUUUCUCUGUACUUCUUGAGUGCUUUAGCCGCUUCCUACGUGCUUUACAACAGAGCACAGUCAAAGCUUCUUUGUUACAAUUGUUGUGUUUUUUGAUAAGAAGCCAUUAAAUUUUCCAUGCAUGACUUUCUAUUUUUCAAAACAAACUAUUGGCGGAUGGUGUGACAGCUUUAGCUCCAUGUUUUACUCCCAUAAAGCACGCUUUUUCAACCGAUCAG